AUGCACCAUUGCUUCGAUUGCGAUCGUGCUUUUUCCGAUGUAUUGGCAUUACGCCAACACCUCCGGGAUUCCUCAGCUCAUGCUCUCGGGUUCCGUCGCGAUGAUUGUAACCGGGGCUUCGGCAGCGAUGACGCCUUUCGACAGCAUCUCCGUGACUCACCAGCUCACUCUUCGAGCUUUGACUGCGACGAUUGUCACCGAAGCUUUGGCAGCGAAGAUGCCCUUGAACAACACCGGCCAAAUUCCAAAGGCCACAGUCGACAGCAGGUGAAAAGCCUUCGUGUCAGUCCGAAAGCAGACAAAACAAGUACCACAGACAAGAGAACUCGGUAUGACGGCAUCUCGCCAUCAUUGAUCAAGCCAGUAUACAAACUUGCUGUCCGACUGAGACGUGGACUCCCAACAGUCGAGGACAUUGUGUUGGCAACAGGCACACGUCUUGAGAGACCUAUCGUCGUCGCGCUUAUCGCCGCGGCUGAGCGCCUAAACUCCCUAUCCGAAAGCCGUGAAGAUGCACAAAGGCGUGCAGAGCGACAAAAAGAACGAUCACGACUGGCACAACUGGCAGAAGACGCCUUCAUAGGAAUUUUCUCUCGUCAAGGGUUAGACUUUACAACAGAGUCACAGCAGCGACAACAAGCAAAGCUUCUGGAGCAGCGCGCAUUCCUGACGCCGGAUAUGAAGUUUACUUCUCCAGUGAUGAUCUGCGGCCUGCUAUGCAACUGGCUUGAGUUCAAAGACUACUUUGGCUUCCCCGACAACCCAUUUGUGAGCUCGAGCGAAAGAAAGCAAUUGAAGAAGUAUGUCGUCGCCUUUGGGUCUGGAGCCGUUGUUUAUUUACUGGGCUUUCAAAAUAAUUAUCCAAACAUCAAAGACGUUGGGGUUUUCAGAGCCCGGGAAGUUUUGCAGAACCUAUUGGGUUCUUCUGGAAUCUGAAACUGUCAAUUUUUGCAACAACAGCAUGUUCUCAGUGAUCGAUUUCGGUCUGAAAUGUGGCCAUGUAAUGUUUUAGUUGUCUGCAAACUGUAACCCAUUCUUUAAUUUUACAAAAUGCUUAUAGCUCUCUGAUAGGUAUCUACACCACUCGUCAAUAGGAUUUAGCAUUGGUUGUUGAGCGCAUCGACCAACAACACCCGAG